GAAGUUGUUGGUACAUUGCAUUGCUGCUGCAAAAAAUCAAAAUGCCCUAGCUGAGCUGUUAGCUAGCCGAAUGAAUGGUUGCUGUGAUGCCCUGAGGGGUCUCUGCUAACAUCAAGAUGACAUAAAAGGGGAAGGUCGUAACUCGACUCUACCGCUUCUGUCUUUAACAAUUUCCAGCCUUUGCUGGUUAGGAUACCAUGGCAACGAGGAUGAAGCUGAAGCUGAAGACUGUGUUUGUGCUCUACUUCAUGGUCUCCCUCCUGGGCCUCGUCUAUGCACUGAUGCAGCUUGGUCAGCGCUGCGACUGCUCAGAGCAUGACUUGCCUAAAGACCGUACCAUAUCUCGGCUGCGGGGGGAGCUGCACCGUCUUCAGGAGCAGAUGAGGAAGUCAGAUGCGACCAAGCAACCACAGAAACAACCAGCCAGGCCCACCAUCUUUGUCAUCACCCCAACAUACGCAAGGCUGGUGCAGAAGGCUGAGCUGACUCGUCUGUCCCAGACCUUCCUCCAUGUUCCACAGCUCCACUGGAUUGUGGUGGAGGACUCGCCGCACAAAACGCCACUAGUAACUGACCUCCUGGUGAAGAGUGGCCUGACCUACACACACCUGCACAUGCCCACCGCCAAGGACCGCAAACUGCAGGAGGGUGACCCCAGCUGGCUGAAACCCCGUGGAGUUGAGCAGAGGAACGAGGGUCUACGGUGGCUCAGAGAGGACGGAAGGGCUCAGCCAGGAGGAGACAGCCAGCAGGGAGCGGUUUAUUUUGCUGAUGACGAUAACACGUACAGCCUGCAGAUAUUUGAAGAGAUGAGGAGUACCCAGCGAGUGUCGGUGUGGCCGGUGGGACUGGUUGGAGGGAUGAAAUAUGAGAGGCCCGUGGUUGAAGGAGGAAAGGUGGUUCGCUUCCAUACCGGCUGGCGUCCCAGUCGCCCCUUCCCGAUGGACAUGGCCGGCUUCGCUGUAUCCCUCAAACUUGUCCUGGCCAAUCCAGAGGCUUGUUUUGACGGAGAAGCACCAAUGGGCUUCCUGGAGAGCAGCUUCCUUCAGGGAUUGGUUACCAUGGACGAACUGGAGCCUAAAGCGGACAACUGCUCUAAAGUGCUGGUGUGGCACACACGGACAGAGAAACCCAAGAUGAAGAGGGAGGAGGCUCUGCAGGCUCAGGGACUGGGUUCAGACCGUGCAGUGGAGGUCUGAGGAACACACACACGUUGUGUACACGUUUGAUACAAAUGUAUCUGGUCUAUUUUUUGUGUCAGGUAGUAAAUAUACGUGUGUGUAUAUAUUGAGUGCGUGUUGUACGUUCGUGUGUGUAUCAGGGUGUUCUCAGUGUGUUGGGUGUGUUUGGCCAGCAGUAAAGUGGAAGUGGAGUCUGGAGUUUAAACAAUUGCCUGACGGGGGCGCCAGUGUUAAAUUUUGUAAAGCCAUGCGGUUACACCAACAGUAGGAUAUCCUUAACGCUGGAGGAAGGAUGCAUCUUAUUACAGACGUCCACAGUUGCAUCAUUUGUAGCAAUCCACAUGCUCAGUUUAAAUCCUGUGAGCAUUCCUAAUGGCACUCAGAUGUUGUUAUUGCUCCAGCCUCCUGUCUCUGUUUCCUUUGCUGCUUGGAUCUGAUCUGUAACCAGCUUCAUCAGGGCAGCCGCUAACAUCUUGAUACAGAUGCAAUGGAGCACUUUACUCAUGCAUGGAUUCUAUUUUUGCGUGAUUAGUGUCUGUGAGUCCAUAUUCAGCCAUAUAGAUGUUUUUUAGUUUUUUUAUUCAGUCACCAUCAUAGGCAUGAUAAUAAUAUUUAAACAACCUGUCAAAUUAAAAUUUCUGCAAUUCGUGUCAGUGUAAUAGUAUUGUGGAGCGAAGAUUUUUAUUUUUUAAAGUGGAGAAUUUAUUCACAAAACUCACAAACUUAAUUAAGAAAAAUGCUCAAUAUUGGUUGCCUUGUAUUUAUUAUGCUCUCAUGCACAAACAAGUGGUGCAACUUGGCAACACUGGGCUGCAACAGAGACCACAACAAAUACAGAGAAGCAAUAGUUCCACCCCCGGAGUAGCUUUAGUGUUAAAGCUCAGAGUGCAAAAGGCUGGUUUUCAAAAGUAUCAUAUCAGCUAGUUCUAGUCAGCAUUUUAAUGUGUAUUUUUAGUGAUGCUUUUUAAAAACAUAAGGCUUAGGGAAUCCAUGUAAAAGCCCUGAAUAAGGGAACAACACUACUUAAACUCAUAGACAUUCCUUAUGCAAUAAGCAAAUAGAAAACCCUGUUACAUUUCCAUACUCUGAUGACAAGGAAAAGACUUGAAUUUGCCUUUAAAAGGCAGAGAAGCCCUGGUACUUUACAGUAGCAGUGUUUCAACAGUAUACUUGGAAGAA